UUGGCUUUUCGCUCAUCUUGCCUGGUGUGUGCUGCCGCGUGAUUGGUCCGCCUGGGUAUCACGUGAUCUGGGCGGAUGAUGGCGGACUCCGAGGAAGAUGUGCGACUGCUCUUCGGGGCGGGCGUCCGCGCAGCACUGGACGCUUGGCCUGCUUUGCAGAUCGCGGUGGAGAAUGGCUUCGGGGGCGUACAUAGCCAGGAGAAGGCCGAGUGGCUGAGGGGUGCAGUGGAGGAUUACUUCAUCGCCAAUGCUGAUUUGGAGCUAGAAGAAGUGGAAGACUUCCUUGGGGAGCUGAUGACCACUGAGUUUGAUACAGUUGUGGAGGAUGGUAGUCUGCCCCAGGUGAGCCAGCAGCUACAAACCAUGUUCUACCACUUCGAGAGGGGUGAUGGGGCUGCUCUGAGGGAGAUGGCCUCUCACAUCACCCAAAAAAAGUGUAAAGUUGCAGCUGCCACACUUAGGACAGCCAGAGAGACUGAUGUGGAUGAAGAUGAUGUGGACAGUGUGGAAGACAUGGAGAUCACAGCUACAAAUGAUGGGGCUGCUAUGGAUGGGGUCUGCUCCCAGCCUGAACCCUCUCAUCCAGACUCCCAGACUAUUAAGGAAGAGGAUAUAGUAGAAGAUGGUUGGACCAUUGUCCGGAGAAAGAAAUGAGGCAGGCUGGAAAUGGUUUGGGCUCUUGUUAAGUGAUCUAAGACUUAUAAGGACUGUUUUGGAGGGCUAUAGACUUAUAACCAUAUCACCACCUUGCUCACUUUUCCAUCACCCUUCAGGGGAAGAAAAGCCCUAGGAUCUUUGGUUCUAGGGUUGAUGGGAUCUGUUCUGUCAGAGCCCUUUGAAUCUUAAGAUACCAUCUGAGUAACGAUGAUGCCAGGUCUCCCCGCAUAGUACCUCUUGGGUGCAGCCAUUGUAGAUGGGGGAUUCAUGUGGCCAUGGUUAAAGGAGAAGCCAGACUGUGGCAGGUACAUUUGUGGAAAGAACAAGAAUUCUGUGGACUGGCUGGAUCAGGAAUAGUGAGAUGAACAUGCAAUUGAAAGAGAAUUGUUGAAUUGUAAGCAAAAGUAGCUGUGAUACCUCUCCCUUACCUCCACCCCAACCUCCUACGGAGCAACUAACUUAUCCCUGCCCAGAACUUCUGUCUUCCCGGGAAUGUUUCUGUCUUGAAUGCUCUCAAGAAUUCUAAGACCUUGACUAAGUGGUUUCAUUGGGAAAGUUGGGCUGUUUUAAGUCCAGGGAUGAGGCCUAAGACCUUAAUAAUAACGUAACACCUUCUUUUUUGCUUUUGGAACCAGCUUUCUGGGAGCUAAGCUUGAGUUCAGCAAGGAGCAGUUUCUUUGCCACUCCCCCCACCCCCACCUCCAGUAGCCUGGGACAAAUGGACAGACCAUAGCAGGGCUUUGAAAGUUACUGUAAGCCUGAAAUAAACUGUAUUUUUCUUUAAAAAA